CUGCACGUCAUCAUCAUGUGUUAUGACUUGUUUAUUAUUAAAUAAUCGUCUGUCAAGUGUUGGCAAUGAAUUUAAUUUGUAUAUAUGGAUAAAUGUGACUCCUCUUUUAUUAUUUCAUUCGAAGAUGCUACUUUUUCAGUAAACAUCAAUAUAAUUGUAAAAUGCCACAACUUUGACAAUAGUGUCGCCUAGUUACACGACUGGGCGUACACAUGGCUGCAAUUAGUUGGUAUCACACCUCCAACAAUGAUGCAAGUGAUACGAAUUCUGGUGUUACAACAAUUAGAUUAAGUUCUCUUGCAGAUGUUCAAUUAAGAUUUUUGUGCCCUGGUGAUUUAGAGGAAGUUCGAGCAUUAUGUCAAGAUUGGUUUCCAAUCGAUUAUCCACAAUCAUGGUAUGAAGAUAUUACUUCUAGCACUCGGUUUUAUGCUUUAGCUGCCGUAUUAGAUUCGGAAAUAGUAGGAUUGAUUGUAGCUGAAAUAAAAUCUUACUCAAAGUUAAACAAAGAGGAUAGAGGUAUUUUGCCAUUAACUAUGGGAAGAAAUGCAGAAGUAGGAUAUAUAUUAUCAUUAGGAGUGUCUAAGCAACAUCGACGAAAUGGAAUUGCUUCCCUGUUGCUGGAUUCAUUAGUUUGUCACUUAACCACAGCUGAAAGACAUAACGUUAAAGCUAUAUUUCUACAUGUAUUAACAUCCAAUGCUGCUGCUAUUCUAUUUUAUGAACAACGAAGGUUCCAUUUACAUUCAUUUUUGCCAUACUAUUAUUCCAUUAGAGGCAAAUGUAAAGAUGGAUUCACCUAUGUAUCAUAUAUCAAUGGAGGUCAUCCACCAUGGGGUCUAUAUGACUACAUAAAGCAUUUUUGUGGAAUGGCAUUAAAUGCUGGGGGAUUAUGUCCCUGGAUAGGCUCAAGAAUGCGAGGAGCUAUUCGUUGGUUUUUUCAGCAAUCAUCAUCAAGAAUCAGCUUUGGGCAUUGAUUUUCCUAUUCAAGACUCAUCACUGGAAUAGCUUUAUUAAAUGUUGUGAUCAGACUAUAUAUGUGCUACCAUAAAAAAAGUUUUCUUGCAUGAUAUUAAGAUAAGAAUGAUACCAAAGUGCCGGAGCUGUAUUUAAGGUACAUAAAUAUUUUAUAUAUAACUCAAUAAUUUUUUAAGUCCGAUUCAGCAUUUGCAAGUAUGUCAAAUAAGUAA